CGACUCGAACGCAUUCCCGCUCGCUCUCUGCGCGUCGGCUCCCACCGACCCUCUGUGUUUCCUCUCGCACGCGUCGCCAUGGCAGACCUCCCGCCCCCCGUGCAAGGUCCCACGGCCAAGGAGAAGAAGUACGACCGCCAGUUGCGUCUGUGGGGCGCCGCCGGCCAGAUUGCGCUCGAGAACUCGCACAUCGUCCUCAUAAACUCGGGCCCGGGUGUGGUCGGCCUGGAGACACUGAAGAACCUGGUGCUUCCCGGCGCCGGCAACUUCACGAUACAGGACUCGGCCAUAGUCGACGAGGCAGACUUGGGCGUCAACUUCUUCCUGGAAGAGGAGCAUCUGGGUGGCUUCCGCGCAGAGCACACGUGCAAUCUGCUGAAAGAGCUCAACCCGGACGUGCAAGGCCACUUCAUCUCCGAGCCCGUAGAGUCGUGGCUCGCCCAGCCAGACGCACUCAAACCCUACACGCUCAUCAUCGUGACCGCGCCCAUCCACCCAGGGCUCCUCACCAAGCUCGCCGCACACGCAGACCAAGCACUCGUCCCGCUUUUCUACAUACACUCAGUCGGCUUCUACUCGCAUUUCUCCAUACACCUUCCGCCAGCGUUCCCUAUUGUCGACACACAUCCAAGCCCCGAAACCACAACAGACCUGCGGUUGCUGAAACCAUGGCCCGAGCUGCUCGCAUACGCAGAGGACAAGACAAAGGGCAUAGAGACCAUGGCAGCCGAUGACCACGGCCACAUACCCUACGUUGCCAUUCUGCUGCAUUACCUUGAAGUCUGGAAGAAGGAACACAACGGCGAGGUACCCCAGAACUACAAAGACAAGACCGCCUUCCGCGAUCUCGUCGCAGCUGCCACACGGACAGACACCCCCGAAGGCGGCGAGGAGAACUUCGAGGAAGCCGUCUCGGCGGUCCUCAAGUCUCUCAACCCCCCGGAGCCAAGCAGCGCCGUCAAGGAAAUCUUCAAGGUCCCAGAAUGCGUCAUAAUACGCGAGAACUCGCCGCCCUUCUGGGUCAUCGCGCACGCAAUCGGUCUCUUCUACACAAAGUACGGCGUGCUGCCCGUACCCGGCGCUGUACCGGACAUGAAGGCGCGCUCCGCAGACUACAUCCAGCUGCAGAACGUAUACAAGUCCAAGGCGCGGAAAGACCUCGCAGAGGUGCUGGAGAGCGUGCGGUUCUUGGAGCGCAACGCAAACAUGAGCACCCACAUCGAGGAAAAGGACGUAGAAGCCUUCUGCAAGAAUGCAGCGCAUAUCAAGCUUGUCCGCGGACGGCCGUUCCACAUCGUCCCGGCGGAGGGCGACCUGAAGUUUGGGGCAAACGCUAAAUCGCUAGCACAAAAACUCACCUUCCCCGACUCGCUCCUCCCCAUCUACAUCGCCUUCCUCGCCUGGGACAAAUUCAUCGCCACCCACACCGCCUCUAACCUCACCAACACCCCCAAGCCGCCCGGUUUCUCCGACGCAGACGUCGACUCCGACACCGAGAAAGUGACCAGUACUGCGCUGAAGCUCGUAGACAGCCUCGUCAAGGAAGCGAGCUAUACCAUCGACGAAGAGGAGUAUGAUGGCGUUCGGGCGCAAAUCGCAGAGCUGGCGCAGGAAUUUGUGCGCGCUGGGGGCGGCGAGCUGCAUAAUAUCGCUGCGUUGACGGGCGGCAUGGUGAGCCAGGAGGUUAUCAAGGUCAUCACGGAGCAGUAUGUGCCGGUGGAUAAUACGUGUGUUUUCGACGGGGUAAGGAGUAAGUCGAGCGUGUUCAGGGUAUGAGUUGGGAUAUGGGGUUGCGGGUUCGAGCAGGCAGCAUCAUUUGGCGUCAUGAUUCGACAUGGCCAGCCAAAGGGCGGGGACUGCGGUGCGGGUGAAGCGCAAGAUGACGUGUCAAGGUACACUACGCUGCGCUACCGCAGAGAAGAAGAGUAGGGCGAUGCAUUUUCAAAGUGCAGCGCAAUGCGUACGCACUAGCUCUAAUGCAUCUAUCCGGCCAGCCAACAUAACAAUCUUGUCUUC